CCGCCAGCCAGUCCUCUCAGCGCGCGCUCGGCCGCCCGACGACGCGGGAGCCGCACGCGCUGGACCAAGGUAGCUGCGCUCUCAGUAGCUGAGCGCCGGCCCGCUGAGGCGGUGCCCUCGGUUUCCGGCCGAGGCACGGUCGGGACCGCUGAAUCUGUGGCCCUAAAGCGGCGGCAGCGGUGAGGAAAAACAUGAAGAACGAAAUUGCUGCUGUUGUCUUCUUUUUCACAAGGCUAGUUCGAAAACAUGAUAAGUUGAAAAAAGAGGCAGUUGAGAGGUUUGCUGAGAAAUUGACUCUAAUACUUCAAGAAAAAUACAAAAAUCACUGGUAUCCAGAAAAACCAUCAAAAGGACAGGCUUACAGAUGCAUUCGUGUCAAUAAGUUUCAGAGAGUUGAUCCUGAUGUCCUGAAAGCUUGUGAGAACAGCUGCAUCUUGUAUAGUGACCUGGGCUUGCCAAAGGAGCUUACUCUCUGGGUAGACCCAUGUGAGGUGUGCUGUCGGUAUGGAGAGAAAAACAAUGCAUUCAUUGUUGCCAGCUUUGAAAAUGAGGAUGAGAACAAAGAUGAGAUCUCCAAGAAAGUUACCAGGGCCCUUGAUAAAGUUACCUCUGAUUAUCAUUCAGGAUCUUCUUCCUCAGAUGAAGAAACAAGUAAGGAAGUGGAAGUGAAACCCAAUUCGGUGACUGCAACACCAAGCCCAGUGUACCAGAUUUCGGAACUGAUAUUCCCACCUCUUCAAGUGUGGCAUCCGUUGCCCAGAAAAAAGCCAGGAAUGUACCGAGGGAAUGGCCAUCAGAACCACUACCCUCCUCCUGUUCCGUUUGGUUAUCCAAAUCCGGGAAGGAAGCAUAAACCAUACCGUCCAAUUCCAGUGACAUGGGUACCUCCUCCUGGAAUGCAUUGUGACCGGAACCACUGGAUUAAUCCUCACAUGUUAGCACCUCACUAGCUUCUUUUGAUUUUGUGGGUGUCAUGUUGAGAGAAAGGUAGAAUAAACCUUACCACACAUUGAAAGUUAAAAGUUCAUACUAAUAGCGAAGUUAGAUGGACCAAACCAUCAAACUUAUUUUUAUAGAAGUUACUGAGAAUAAUCUUUCUUAAAAAUAUAUAUGCACUUUAGAUAUAUUGAUAUAGUUUGGGAAAUUUUAUUAAAGUUAGUCAAGUGCCUGAGUUUUUAAUAUUGGACUUGAGUAUUUAUAUAUUGUGCAUAAACUCUUGAAUACGAGAACACUGUAGGAGUGGAUGAUCUGUUGUAGCACCUUUGAGCAUUUACUUUAUGGAGCAUUUACUUUAUGGAGUGUAAGUAAGUUAUUUAUAUACAAGGAGAUCUAUUUUAUGUCAUUGUUUAGAAAAAUUGCGUGAAAUCAUGUAGUUGCAAAUAAAAAGUAGUUUGAGGCAUGACAA